AUGAGCAAGAAGCCAAGUGGUGGUUCACAAUACGCCAGUGCGGAAAGCAUAUCAACGGUACUCGACCCCGAGAAACGCAUAAAGAAAGAUAAAUCUCGCGCAUUAGAACCCAGAUUGCAGCAAUCGAGUAGCAGUCACAAAGAUGAGGAACAUUCGCAUCACGCAUCCAUAGACUCUGGGGAGAAGAGCGACAAGCGUCGCCUCGAUCGCGAGCGCAUGAAUGAAUUGGGCCUCGCAUCGCCCAAGGCGCACAAGAAGAGAGGCACGGCGACCAUCCUCCAGGCCAGCGCCCCACCGACGUCCCAGCCCUCGACACCCACCAAGAGGGACGGUGAGAAGAAGCGUAGCAGCGAAGGCAGCAAGAAGCUCUCACCCGAGUCACUCAACAUGUCGCUGGGCACGGAGAGAAAGAAAAGCGAUCGCAAAUCACCUCGAAAUCCUGAGAAUCUGGAGAAGUACACCGGUGAUCCCGUUCGUCCCCAAGGCGAGUUGGCGCUGUUGCUGCUGCCGCACUCCACACUCCUGCACAUCUUGUCGUUCCUCACGUGUAAAGACCUCGCUGCGGCUGGUCUCGUGUCGCGUCGCUUCAACGUGCUGGCCUCUGAGAAUGAGUUGUGGAAGUGCGCCAUCGCGAGAGAGUGGUCUCACAAGCGCAUGCUCAAGGGCUGGGGCAAGAAACACGUCCUCUACCAGAAGAACACCAAGUCCAAGAAGAUCAGCCAGCAGCUCAUGGUGAUCGACUACAAGCAGGAGCUCAGAAACCACAUCCUCUUCAAGCGCAGCGUGGGGAAGCAGGCCAAGACCAACCGCAAGAAGGCCUCCGUGUGGAACUUCACCAAGCGCGACUGCUACCUGCUGCUCCUCGGGCUCGACCAAAGCGGCAAGACCACCAUCCUCUACGACAUCAAGGCCGGGCGUCACGAGCUGGUCUAUAGCAUCCCUACGAUCGGCUACAAUUCCGAGGAGGUCGAGAUCCUCGAUCAACCCUUCGCCAUCUGGGACAUCGGCGGCCUUGCCCAGAUCCGGCAUACGUGGUCGCACUACAUGCCCAAUGCCCAGGGCCUCAUCUGGGUGCUCGACUCGUCCGACGGGGAGCGCAUGCAGGAGGUGCGAGGCGAGCUGCACCGCGUGCUCCGCGACGAGGCCCUCCGCACGCGGAAGCUGCUCGUGCUGGCCAACAAGCAGGACGUGCCGGGCGCGUGGGACGCCAGAACGGUGGCCAAGUACCUCCAGCUCGACUUGCCCGAGUUCAUGAGCGAGUGGGAGUGGUACGUGCAGCCGUGCUCGGUCAUGACGGCCAGCGGCCGCGAGGCCCUGUGCGCUGGCCUCGAGUGGCUCGUGCACGACAAUUCGGCCAGCGGCGGAGCGCAGGAGUCGGUCUGGCUGAAGCUCAAAACAAGCUUCGUCUAG